AUGCCCAAGCCCAUCCGCCUUCUAGGGGCCGCAUGCAUGGUCUUAUUCCUGUUCCUUGUGGUACAGAUCAUGCGAAGUCCUCGCAACUGGAAGCUUCCGAGCAAGCAACCCAGCAGCCAGCUUGACCAGGACAUGUCCCGAGAUCCGAAUCUAGACGAGACCGGCGAACCCCCGGAACCUUUACACCGAGUGAAUGGUAACAACUACGCCCCCGACAACCCCAACAGCAACCGCAUCAACGCCACCAUUCUCUCCCUCGUGCGCAACAGCGAGCUACCCCAGCUCCUCCAGUCAAUGCAAGACUUGGAACGAACAUGGAACCACAAGUUCAAUUACCCCUGGACCUUCCUCAACGACGAACCCUUCACAGAGGAAUUCAAACGCGCCACCUCCGCCAAUACCAACGCGCUGGUCCGCUACCUCACCAUCCCGCCCGAACACUGGGCCAUCCCCUCCUGGAUCGACCUAGAUCUCAUAUCCGAAUCCGCCAAAAUGCUCGAAGAACACGAAGUACAAUACGCGCACAUGCAAUCCUACCACCAAAUGUGUCGCUGGAACUCGGGCCUCUUCUUUAAACACCCCGAGCUGCAGGAUAUUGACUACUACUGGCGCGUGGAACCGAACGUGCACUUCUUCUGCGACGUCGACUACGACGUCUUCCGCUACAUGGAAGACCACAACAAGACCUACGGCUUCACCAUCACCCUGUACGAUUCGCCCUGGACAGUACAAACACUGUGGACCGAGACCAUGAACUUCCUGGGUCAAGGCAACAGCCACCUCCUCGCGCAGAACAACGCCAUGGACUGGCUUACAGACAAGGAUCGCAGACCGGAGCACAACUUCAUCGCCAAUGGCUACAGCACCUGCCACUUCUGGUCCAACUUCGAGAUCGCAUCCAUGAAACUCUGGCGCUCACCGGCAUACGAAGCAUACUUCGAGCACCUAGACCGAGCGGGUGGGUUCUUCUACGAGCGCUGGGGUGAUGCACCGGUGCAUAGUAUCGGCGUGGGGUUGUUUGAGGAUAAGAGCAGAGUACAUUGGUUCAAGGAUAUUGGAUACCAGCAUAUUCCCUUCUUCAACUGUCCGAAUAGCCCGAAAUGCAGCGGGUGUUUGACGGGAAGGUUGACGGAUGGCGAGGCGUGGUUGAGUAAGGAGGAUUGUAGACCGAAUUGGUUCAAGUAUACUGGGAAUGAAUGGGCGCAGGACAGCACGGCGGCAGCAGCAGCAAGCAGCAGUAGCGGCAGCAGAACCGAUGUACUGGCCGCAGCGACGAACAUACCAGCGGUGGCAAGCUAG